AUGGGCGAACAUGAGAAAGCCACGGAAAUGACCGAGUUCGAAGAUCACGGUGCGCCGAGAAAGCUGAGUGAUCUCGAGGAUGCAAGAGAGGUCCUCGCCCCUUCGGCCAAGUCUGCCGCCAGGACUGCUUUCAUGUGGAUGGCGAUCAACACCCUCGCGACCGUCGGCAUCGUGUUCACCAACAAGGCCAUCUUCUCUGACCCGCAGUUCAAGCUUUGCCAGGUGCCCUUUACGACCAUGCUCCCUCUUUGCAUCACCAUGUGCUUGAACGUCAUCCUCCCCAAUUUCUCGCUCGCUUUCUCAUCGGUCACCUUUUAUCAGCUCGCGCGAAUUCUCCUCACCCCCGCGGUUGCGCUCAUGAACUUCCUCAUGUACCGUGCUACCCUCCCGCGAAAGGCCAUCUUGACGCUGAUUCCUGUGUGCCUCGGCGUCGGCAUUGUCUCAUACUACGACUCUCUCCCCGCUGACAAUGCCAAUGUGAAGACGACGUCGCCUAUUGGUGUCUUUUUCGCCUUUUCCGGCGUCCUCGCGUCUUCGUUGUAUACCGUUUGGAUUGGCAGCUACCACCGCAAGCUCGAGAUGAACAGCAUGCAGCUGCUCUUCAACCAGGCCCCUGGAGCGCAUUCCUCCUUCUCUAUGUGGCUCAUGAUUCUAAUGUCUGGUGUUUUCGCCUCCCUCAUCAACAUUUCUCAAUUCUUUAUCAUUGCACAGACCGGCGCUGUGUCGAGUACGGUAGUCGGCCACUUGAAGACGUGCACCAUCGUGGCCUUGGGUUGGAUCGUCUCUGGCCGCGCCAUCGGCGACAAGUCGAUCAUUGGUGUUUUCAUGGCCCUCGGUGGUAUCACUAUGUACUACAUGGUCAUGACGAAGCACAACAAGGCCAAGGCUGGACAGGCCGUCAAAUAG